AUGAUACGAAGAAACGUUCAUUCGUUAAACCGGAUGGUGAUUCUUCGAAUGAUGAACUAAGUUCUACUAUUUCAAGAAAAAAGUUUAAACAUAAAUCAAAUUCGUUUAAUUUUCUCGACGAUCUCGCGGAAGAAUCCGCAGAUGAAGAUUAUGUUCCUACAAUGGUUAUAGAUAAUAAGAAAGAUAAAACAAAAGAUGAAUCAAACAGAAGAGAAUCAUCUUAUCUUGAUACCGAUGACGAUGAAAUAUCAGGAGAAAGAAAGUCAAAAGAUGGUGAAAUCAUGAGCCCUAAGGAUAGUUUACCAAAAUCAGUUUCUAUUGAGAAAGCUUCUGAGAGUUCAAUGGACGUAAACGGUACUUCUGAUAAGUUUGACUUCGAAUCUAUAUUAGAUAAAGACGCAGGUUUAGAUGAUUAUGUUGCCGUAGAUAAACCAAGAUAUUCACCAAAAAAGAAGCAGCAGCAAAGGCAGAUAAUAAUUCACGAAGAAUCAAGUAGUAUUGCUGAGCUUCAACCGCCUUUUCAGCCUGGAUCAUCGGUAAUGAAAAAUAGUCGUCGAUAUUUAGCUGUCAAUUGGCUUGGUUGUAUUCACUCAGUAAAUAAUACUACUUUUCACUCGGUAAAUGUUGAAUAUAAUAACAAAACACAAUUCAGAGGAUAUAAUUUUCGUGACGAUAUUGGUUAUACUAUGGCUUGUCUUGGCACACACGGAGUACUUUUUGCGGUAGGAUCUGAUAACGGGAAUCCAAGUAUAUUAUAUUAUAAGCCAAAUAAUAGUUGGGGACCAAAAGGUGAAUGGAUGAAAACACUUCCCAUAGAUGAAGAAAUAAUAGCCAUUGCUUUAAGUGAUCAAUCAAUAGCUAUCGCAACUUCCAAUAAUUAUUUGCGAUUCUUUUCUCUUAAUGGAUUUCAAGAUUACAUAUUUGCUUUUCCUUCUAUCGUUUGUAUGGCGGCAUAUAAUAAUUUACUUCUGGUCGCUUAUCAUUUAAGUAUAGCUCAUAAAGGUUCGCAAAAUCUUGGAUAUGUUUUGUAUGAUAUGCAUGAUCGUGGUGAUAUACAAAAAGACUUUUUGCCGAUAUCUAAAGAAUCAACUUUGAAAUGGCUAGGCUUUUCUGAAGAAGGAUUACCAACAAUGUUUGAUUCUAAAGGUGUCCUUUAUAUACUUCAUGAUCAUCGAGUAUACAAACAAGCAAGAUGGGUACCUGUGUUAGAUACCGCCAAUAUUGUAAAAGAGCCUAAAUCUGAUGCAGAUAGCUCGAAAUCAUUAAAAAGAAAUUCGGAUGUCAUUGAUUUAGAUGACAUCUCAGAAAAUAAGGCAGAAAAAGAUGAAGAAAAAGAGAUUGAGGAAAAGGAGAGAGAGAAAGAAAAAGAAUGGAUAUAUUGGCCAGUUGCGGUUAUGGAAUCUAAAUUAAUGUGUUUUAUUCUUAAGUAUGGUGAUGAUGUUCCCCGCUAUCCCCGACCAGCAUACGAUGAGGUUAAUUGGCAAAUACCGCUCUUGCAUCUUGAUAAUAAAAACGGACACUAUGAAGAAAGAUGGAUGCGUGAAUCUAUUAUAUCGAGCUUCCAAUAUCAAGAAGCCAAGGCAAAGAACGAGUUAAAUGAAGAGAAGAUUAUACAAUUAAAGAAGAAAGAAAGAAAUGCUAACAAAAUUAUAAUCGAAUUAAUAAUGAUGGCUGUCAGUGAAGAAAAAUAUGAACGUGCCUUGGAUUUAGCUAAAUUAUUAAAUUCAGUGAGAUUCUUGGAGUCUGCUCUAAAAAUUGCCGAAUUUUACCGAGCUCCAAACUUAGCUGAAAAAAUCAAUAAGUUGAAAUCAGAAAAAAUUAGGGAAAAAGAAAGAUCAAUAUCACGAAGACAAGGGAGAAAAAAUACUUUAUCAAAUAGAGCAACAUCGUAUUCACAACCCUUGGCAAGCACAGACGCUUCUACAUAUGUAUCCGAUCUUAAUCACAACAAUAUGAGCGAGUCGUCGCAGUAUGAAGGGAGACAAAUACCUUCAUUAAAAAGAAGCGCAAAAGAUACGAACGAUGAAAAGAAACAGGAAGAUAAUGAUGAUUUGCCAAAACUUAAGAAAUCAGCCCCACCUAUAAGUUCCUACUUUCUGAAAAAGUCUACUUUGGAUGCUCCAUUUAAUUGUUCAAAUACAAACCCUUUUAUAGUGGACGAUGAAAAGCCAGAUGCACUUAGUAAAGAAAGAGCACCUGAAAAACGAAUGAAAGAAAAAAAUAACGAAAAUAAAUAUUCACAAGAUCAGAAUCAAGAAAACGAAGCAGGGCACGGAUCAGAACAGAAAAAAGAAGAAAAUGAACGGCCUAAUGAUGAAAUAUCAGAAAGCUAUUUAAUGGAUAAUAAGAAAUCUGAAUUUGAUAUAUCGCACGAAACCGAAAAAAAUAUAAACAGCGAAGUACUGAAUAUAGAUGUUGUGGAAGAAUCAAAUAAUAUGGAUAUUGAUGUGGAAAAGGAAACUAUUGAAUGUUUUGAUUAGAUGAUAAUAUAUUAGAUUUGAUAGAAUUAAUAUUGUUUUGAUAGAAUUAAUGUUGUUUUAAUAGAAUUAAUAUUGUACGAGUUUUAUUGUUUUUUGUCGGUU